AUGCUGCUCCUCGACUACCAGAACGUGCUCAUCGAGUCACUGCUGAAAGAUCGAUUCAACCCAGAAAACCCACCCGCAUCGAUCGACCAAGUAGUCUCUGACUUCGACAAUGUCACCUUCCACAUCUCGACUCCCAACACCAAGACGCAAAUUCUCAUCUCGAUCGCCGUGAAGUGCUACCCCGAACUAGUCAAGUACGGCGCCGAAUCUGUCCUCCAACGUGAAUAUGGCCCUUACAUCGUACAACCCGAGCAAGGCUACGACUUCAGUGUGCAAGUCGAUCUCGAGAAUCUCCCGGCCGAGCAGGAAGAGAAAGACGACCUGAUCCGCCGGGUGAGCUUGCUCAAGCGUAAUGCUAUGGCUGCACCUUUCGAGCAAGCGUUUGAUGAGUACAAGAGCCUGGCUGAAGAGGCUAGCCACUACACCAGUGAGAGUGCGCCUCAGGGUGUGAAGGAAGGGGGAGAGCUCAGAGCGAUACACUACCGGGACCAAGAGGCGAUUUACAUCAAGGCGAGCCAUGAUCGUGUGACGGUCAUCUUCAGCACAGUGUUCUCCGAUGAGACGGACAGGAUAUAUGGCAAGGUCUUCCUGCAGGAGUUCGUGGACGCGAGAAGACGGGCUAUCCAGAACGCGCCUCAGGUGUUAUUCAGAAAUGAUCCGCCUCUGGAAUUGCAGGGCGUGUCAGGUCUAGCGAAUGCGAAAGACAAGGUCGGCUAUAUCACAUUUGUUCUUUUCCCGCGGCACCUCACACAGCAACGGCGGUACGAGGUCAUUUCGCACAUUCAGACGUUCCGCGACUACUUUCACUACCACAUCAAGGCUAGCAAGGCAUACAUUCACAGCCGCAUGCGCAGACGGACAGCAGAUUUCUUGCAGGUCCUACGAAGAGCGCGACCAGACACGGAGGAGAAGGAGAGGAAGACUGCCUCAGGAAGAACUUUCAAGGUCCAGGCUUGA